AUGCCCAUCAUAUUUUCCUCUCUUCUCGUGGCUCUGCUUUCACUAGGCAGUGUGCAAGCAAAACCUGCCAAUUGGCUCUAUACCAGCGACCUCGAUAAUGAAGCCCAGAAGCUUCUCGACCGUCCCGACAUCUCUGGUGUCCAAACCCUAUACACCUGGAAAUCUCUCGAGCCCCAAAAGGACACCUACGAUUUUUCUGCCAUCCAUAAUGAUCUGAACCUGACCACGUCAAAAGGAAAACACCUCUGGAUCCAACUCCAAGAUCGUUCCUUCAAUAUUGCCAACGACCCAGUCCCAUCCUACCUGUACCAUCCUAUCUACAACAAUGGUAGCGUCCCACAAUGUGACGCCCCGGACUGCGAGGAAAACUUCAUCCCCGGAGGAUGGGCAGCAGCACACUGGAAUCCCUUUGUGCGCGUCCGCUUCCAGCGUCUUCUGGACGCGUUAGCGAAAGAUCUGGAUGGGAAAAUCUACGGCCUCAAUCUCCCGGAAACAGCAAUCGAGGUGCAAAUGAACAAUACGCAAACCAACUUCACCUGUGAGGCGUACUUCCGCGGCGAGCUCGAGAAUGCCAAGCACGCUGCUAAAGCCUUUCGUCAGAGCUAUGUGGUGCAAUACGUGAAUUUCUGGCCGUGUGGCUGGGCAAACGAGAAUCAGUAUCUUUCUGAUUCCUUUGAGUUUUUUGGGCAAAAUGGGAUCGGGGUUGGUGGGCCCGACAACAUCCCCUAUAAGAAGACGUUGGAGAAUAAUGCCUAUCCGUUUAUGGAUGCCUAUCGCAAUCAAGUGCCGAUUAGUGUGGUUGCUGUGCAGGAGCCGGAUUUGAAGGCUGUGAAUCCCAAGACGAAUAGGCCGUUCACUAAGGAGGAAUUUGUGGUCUUUGCGGAGGGGAGAUUAGGGGUUGAUGUUAUUUUCUGGGCAUUAAGUAGCCCUUGGCUGCAUCUAUGA